AUGCGAGGAAAGCAUCUGUAUUCUGGUGGUGCAGCGGCUGCCAGUGACGGUGGCGGUGGUGGGCGGGCCAGUGACCUUCCUCUCUGCGGGGCACAGGGGGCCGCAGCCAGUGAUGUUCAACCAGGGGCUGUAUGGGACAACGGGGGAGAGGAGGUGAGGGACAGGGAGGCUGGGGAAGGGCCCACAGCCAGUGAUGUUCAACCAGGGGCUGUAUGGGACGACGGGGGGGCGGAGGGGACUGCAGCCGGUGAUGUUCAACCAGGUUACCAGGGGCUGUAUGGGACGAGUGGGGAACGGAGUUCCCCCUUCCCCCCCGUCUCCCUUCCUUCCCCUCCCAUACACAGCCACUCGCCAGCAGUAGGCUGGCUUUCCGCUGCUCUCGACAAUCCCAUCUGCGCCUUCCCUCCCCGCCACCUCAAGCACUCUCGACCUGCCCUUUCCCUUCCGCUCCCCCCAUCCUUUUCCUCUCCCCGCCGCCCCCCCCCCCCGCCGUUCCCCCGUUACAGUCACUCCCCAAUACAGGGUUGGCUUUACUCUGCUCUCGACACUCUCAUCUGCGCCUUCCCUCCCCGCCACCUCAAGCACUCACUACCCCCUGCCGUUCCGCCUUCCUCCCCCCUCACUUACCCCGCCCCCACACAGUCAUUCCCCACAGCAAGCCACUCCCCACAGCAAGGUUGGCUCGCCUCUGCUCUCGACAAUCUCAUCCGUGCCUUCCUUCCCCGCCACCUCAAGCACCACUCCCCACAGCAAGGUUGGCUCGCCUCUGCUCUCGACAAUCUCAUCCGUGCCUUCCUUCCCCGCCACCUCAAGCACCACUCCCCACAGCAAGGUUGGCUCGCCUCUGCUCUCGACAAUCUCAUCCGUGCCUUCCUUCCCCGCCACCUCAAGCACCACUCCCCACAGCAAGGUUGGCUCGCCUCUGCUCUCGACAAUCUCGUCCGCGCCUUCCCUCCCCGCCACCUCAAGCAGUGGCGUGUGCCCGGCCAAUCAGAGAGCGCCGUGGUGGCGGAGCCCUAUUGGCUCAUCAACCUGGGCCUGCCACGUGGCAGCCUUGCCACGUGGGCGUCCUGUGACGGAGCCACCUUUCUGCAGUCCCUGCCUGAUGACAUGGAUCUGGUCAUCGCUGAGCUGGCACUGUCCGACCAGGGAGAGGCCAAAGGGCAGGGUCCAGCAUCCUUCCUACAGAUGUACGAUACCAUACUGCAGCACCUGCUGCUGCGCUGGGGGGGUGGGUCGCCGCAAACCCCACCCCAGAUGCGGCAAGGGCGGGAGGGGAAGGAAGGGGGGUUGGAUGGAGUGAAGGCGGUGGCAGGGGCAGCGGUGGUGCUGGUGAAUUUCUUCUCCUUCUGCCGUGGCAACCGGGCGUGCCGAGAGGCAGAGGACCCAUCUCUCUCCUUCUCGGACGUGGGUCCAUUCUCCUUUGGCCUGCCGCCCCACCACCCUGCCUACCCCCACUCGGCGCCAGAGACUGUCUCAGAGGACAACAUAACAGUGCUCGCGCAGUAUUACAGCCUUCCAGUGCUCUCCACCCGAGAUGCUUUCUACACCCUGCUGGGUCAGCAGGCAUCAGGCUAUCGCUUGAAGGACAUAGCCACCACAGGUCCCUCCAACCUUCCACUGCACGUGGAGCCAGACUCCCUCGCCUCCGCCAUUCCUCCCGCUGCAGUUGCUCCUGACACCGCCGAUGAUUCUUACGGCACUGCUGCUGGUGGUGGUGCUGGAAGUGGGCCUGCUGACUCCAUUGACCCUGUUGACCCUGUUGAGCCGCUUGCACUGGCUGGAGCCUUGCCCACGGCAGAGCAAGCGAGGACCAAGUAUGCUGACGUCAUCACCGCUCUCUUCCACUCUGCGCUCACAGGCAAGUCGGCCUGCUCUCAGCAUCUUUCAAUCAUGGCUUUUGAGUCGGACUUAAAAGUCACCGCACUCACAGACAUGCGCCUGAAAUCCACUCAGACAACAACACAGCCGCCCUCCUGCCCUCCCUGCUGCGCCCCCCGCCACCCUUCUUCUCCUGCUGGAUCCACUCCACUGCCGCCUCCGCCUUCCACCCCCUCUCCCAUUGAUCUCCCCAAUUAUCUCCCCUUCACACGCACAUGUCUCAUGGACCGACUGACAGAGAUCCAUGAGGAGAACGACACGCUCUCCCUCCUGCCCUGUCUGCUGCGCCCCCCACCGCCCUUCUUCUCCCGCUGGAUCCACUCCGUCACCGCCCCCGCCUUUCACCCUCUCAAAACGACACACUCUCCCUCCUGCCCUUCCUGCUGCGCCCUCCCCCCCCCCUUCUUCUCCCGCUGGCUGCACUCCACUGCUGCUUCCGCCUUCCUCCGCCCCGCCCUCCCCCACGCCUGCUUCUCCUUCCGUCCCAGUGCCGUCGCCCCACCUGUGCUGGGCCUGCAAGGGUUCGCCCUGCAGGGGGGUGGGUCAGUGCAUGGAACGGAGGGGAGCGGUCGACCAGGACUGGUGGCUCAGGACGAUGGUGAGUGGUGCAGGGCGGUGGUGAGUGGCAAGGAAGCGAGGGUUUUAGUGUGA